AUGGCACAAUCUCAAGGCUACCAACGUUUUCGCUCAUCAGUCGAUACUCUCUACAAUGGUACGAGUACUCCACAGGCAACAAAUAUUAAAAUAUUUCCUCGUGCUUCAACGCCAAAUCCACGUUCAAUGGAUCAAAUCGAACAACAAACAAUUCCUGUUUCGAUUUCUCCGCGUUCCAAAAUUGUUGUUCAUCAUAAAAUUCAUAGAAAACGGCGACAACAUCGUUCAACUCACCACUAUCAAAUUCAUAUUGAUCAUAUUAUUUUAGUUCAACAACAAAAGAAACCUUGUUCACAUUGUCAUUGUAAAAAAUCAAAAUCUCAACGAAUCUUAGGCAUUCUAUAG